UUGGUAGCAUUAUGAAGUACCUGCUUAGUGUGGUUCUCCUUCUGGCCAUUGGCCUGCAUCAGAUCGAUGCUCACGGCAUGAUGCUGAGUCCUCCAAGUCGUUCCUCCCGUUGGCGUUUCGAUAGCUCUGCGCCCGCCAACUAUGGCGACAAUGAGCUCUUCUGUGGUGGAUUGAGUACUAUGACAAAUAACGGUGGAAAGUGUGGAUUGUGUGGCGACAACUAUGCGACGGCCCCACCUCGUCCCAAUGAGCUUGGUGGUCAGUAUGGCGGAUCAGGUGUUAUUACUAGAAGCUAUGCCGCCGGCAAUUCUAUUAAAGUGGGUAUUCGACUCUCCGCUAACCACCUGGGUCACUUUGAGUUCCACCUAUGCAACUUGGAUGCCUUUGGCCGCGAGUCCGAGGAGUGCUUCAACCAGAAUCGCCUGCGAUUCCCCGAUGGUAGCGACAGACUGAAUAUUGGUAGCCAGAGAGGCGACUUCGAUGUGACCAUUCUUCUGCCUCAGGGACUUACUUGCAAUCGUUGCGUCCUUCGUUGGACCUAUAUCGGAGGCAACAAUUGGGGAUACUGCUCCAAUGGCAGCGGAGCUUUGGGCUGUGGUCCCCAAGAAACCUUCAAGAACUGUGCCGAUGUGCGUGUCUCCUGGGGCCGCAAUAUGGAAAACGAGUUGGCUAACGAUGCCGCUAAUCCAGUUGUGCCUGUAGAGGUUGAUUCCGUCGAGGCUUAAUUAAAAAGUUAAUACAUUAACAUUUUGUACUGAAUUUAAACCAAAUGAAAAUUUAAUAAAAUACGAGCAUUUUGCAUAAACAA